AUGUCUCCGUCGACGAUCUCCCGAAAUGAUGUGCUCGAGUACGAAACGUUUCUGUUCGAUGCUGAUGGUGUUCUGUGGAUGGGCGACGUUCCAAUUCCGGGUGCCGUUGACUUCAUCUCAACCCUUCAGGAAAUAGGCAAGCGCAUCUUCAUCAUAAGUAACAAUCCGACUAAGACGAUGGAUCAAUACAUGUCUAAGAUUUCGAGAAUGGGAUUUCGAGGUUUUACCCACGAAAAUGUAAUAAAUCCUGGUGUCGUGAUGGCCACUUACUUUCGUGAUCGACAAGAUUACGCUGAACAGCCCGUGUAUCUUCUGGGCACAGAAACUCUCAAAGCGACGUUAGAGAGCAUAGGAAGAGUGCGUUGCUUUGGCACUGGGCCAGAUCACUUCAGAGAUCAUUCAAACAACGAUUUUAUAUACAACAUGGAUUUUUCGCCGAUUCCGAAAGCGGUUGUGUGUAGCUACGAUCCACAUCUUAGCUAUCCCAAAAUCAUGAAAGCAGCCAAUUUUUUGCAGCAGACUGAUGUUGAGUUUUUGGUAACCGACGAAGAUUACACGUUUCCUGGACCGUUCCCAGGUGUUGUGCUUCCUGGAUCAGGCUCCACUUCGUCUUGUAUUCGAGCAGUAUCUGGUCGUACUCCGUUAGUAUUCGGAAAACCGCAUAAGCCAAUUGCCGACUUCUUGAGGGAGAAAGGACGAAUUGACCCGACGACGACGGUAAUGUUCGGCGAUAGACUGGACACGGACAUUCAGUUUGCGAACGAGAACGGUUUCACGAGCUGUCUGAUGCUGACCGGUGUCCAUUCUAUGGAUGACGUGCUCGAAGCGGAACAACGGGGCCAAAACAAUCUCAUUCCAAAUCAUGUCUUUUCGUUUCUUUCUCAAUGA